UUAACAGAUAACGAUUCAUACUUAUAAUUUUUGUUAAAUUUUUGAAAUAACAAAUUCACAAUCACGGUUACUUCUUUUUAUACAUCUUUAUACUCGUUAUUGUUAAAACUGUAAUUUGUAUAAAUGACAUAGAUGAAAGUACGGCAUUUUCUCGCGGGUAUCCUUAUAGGCAUUCCUAUUGGGAUCACCUUUUUGGAUACAGUGGGCUACAUAGCCAAAGUCGAGGGUGUUUCUAUGCAACCAACGUUAAAUCCUGACGAAAGGCAUCCCGAUUACGUUUUUCUAAAUCGUCGAGCAGUUCGCACCCAAGACAUUCAACGAGGCGAAAUAGUAACUGUUAAAUCACCGAAAACUCCAGAUCAAAUUCUGAUUAAGCGUGUUGUAGGAUUAUCUGGAGAUAUUGUGCGAACGCAUGGAUACAAAAAAGCAGCCAUUUUGCAGGUACCAGAUGGUCAUUGCUGGGUAGAAGGAGACCAUAUUGGUCGGUCUAUGGAUUCAAAUACUUUCGGUCCUGUUUCGCUUGGACUAAUAACUGCUAAAGCUACCUCUAUAGUUUGGCCACCCAGCCGCUGGCAGUACCUUUAUCCUUCCAUGUCAAAUCAUAAUUUUCCAUUAAACUCAUCGAAAGUGCCAGCUGGAUAAAGUUUAAUUUAGAAAAA